GCGUCUUCCCUGACUUCAGCGGGCGCGGUGACGUCACCGUGACGCAAAUGUCGGUAAUUGUAAUCCGGCAGAAAGUUGACGAGCGCCCAGAGACGACGCAAGACAGUCAAGGAAGCGAGAGCACCGGAGCGCCUUUACGAAUUCAGCCAGCCAGGGAGGAAACGAAGGCGCUUUAGCAGCUUGUAUUUUUCCUCUUUUUCGGUUCUGGCUCACUGGGGUACAACAAUGGCUGUUACGGGAGAUGAGACCGAGUCAGCCGCCACGGGAGACAUCCCCGCCUGCCAGUUGCGCUCGCCCACCUCAGGCCUAGCCCACAGCACCGUACUGGCGGCGGCACCGGGCGCCACGCACGGCCCACAGUCGCACCACACGGAGGAAGUCACCCGCAAGAGAGAGGUCCGGCUCAUGAAGAACAGGGAGGCUGCGCGAGAAUGCCGGCGGAAAAAGAAGGAGUACGUCAAGUGUCUGGAAAACCGCGUGGCUGUGUUGGAGAACCAAAAUAAGACACUGAUUGAGGAACUGAAGGCGCUCAAGGACAUUUACUGCCACAAGGGAGAGUAAGAAUAUGCCAAAGCUGCUCCCAUUUGUUUCCCGCCUCCGCCGCAACCCGACAAACUGUUGUGACUGCGUCCGCUUGCUCAAGCCUUUGCGAUGUGUGUCCCGUCCAAAAGUCAUCGCAAAAACAUGAGGGGACAGACAUUAUCGGUAGCUAAAGAUGCCUCGGGUGGCCAUGGGAAUGACAAUUCUAUUUCUCAAAAGCAAAAGAUAAGCUAAAAGUGCUAACAAAGCGUGUUUAUUUUCUAACAAAAAUGUAUUUGUGUACUUGUGUCCACAACCACCACUCUUGUCCUCAUACAUCACCUUAAUGCAGUCAAUGAGUUGUCAUGACAACAGUAAUGCUAUAGCCCAGGCUGGUGUAGUAUUCCGUCAAGCUCUUCCUUUUGGGGUUCAUCCUUUCCAUAUGUGACUUCAAUCAAUACAGACAAGGAUUAUUUCUUGGCAAAAUGAGCUCAACUAGUCACCAAUACAGCACAAUCGUUGACAGACAUGAUGAUAAAUUCCCAAUGUUAAAUGCCAACAAAGCGCAUCUCUUUUGUAACAUCAGUGGGAUUAUUGUGGUCUUUGUGGACAGCCAAUAUGCAAUUCUUUACAAUAGCACUGAUGCUAAAGCUAACAAAUCAGUUUGUGUCCUGGCUGCUCCACCCUCAUUAAUAGAAAUUGGCAAUAUGGUUGAAUGGUCAAGCUAUUCUACAUGUUACACGAGCAGGCGUAGGGUCUCGACCAUUUUUAUGUUAAUUUGUUACAUAUCGUUGUUUGAAAUCAUACCAAGAAUAAAUUAUUUAUCAAAGCACAACCAAAACCAGUCGAUUGUUAGUUUUCACACAUAACUGAUCAUUAUUUUGAAAGAUGAUUUAACACCUUUUUAGAAACACAAGCGCCCCAAUUGUCCUUUUUGUACAUUUUGUGUUUUUGUUGUGGCAUAAAUAAAGUUUUGUGGCUAAGA